CGCAAUUACGAUUAUUUGAACUAGAAAUAGAGUCGCUAAUUCGGCUCUCUUUGACGGAGAAAGACGUGAGCUUGCUUCUUUCCUUCUCUUUCUCCGGCGAACCAAUCGCCGUCCAUUCCUUUCUCCGGCGAAAUCCAGUUGGAUCAGGGUGAUGCCUAGAACCUUGCAAUAUCUGAAGGGGUUAAUCAUCUAAUGCUUUUGACAUCAAGCACUUGCAAUUGUAUAAUAGGUUUUUCAGAAAUGGCAUCUGACUACAAAGGAAAAGCUAUUGUGCUUAUGGGUGUUAGCGGAGCUGGAAAAUCGACAAUUGGUCAGAUGCUUGGAAGAGCUGUUAAUGGCCGCUUUCUUGAUGCCGAUGAUUAUCACUCUGAGUCUAACAAAGAGAAGAUGCGGAAUGGGACCCCUCUUGCCGAUGAAGAUCGCGUUCCAUGGCUUGAAACACUACGAGAUGUGCUGAGAAGAGGCUUAGCUGACAACGAAGCGCCGAUUCUGGCUUGCUCAGCUCUGCAAAAGCGGUACAGGGAAAUCCUUAGAUCUGCGGACCCAAAUUAUGAACCAGGUUCUUAUGCAAGUGUUGUUAAAUUCGUGUUGCUGGAUGUUGGGGCUGAAGUGCUUGCCGCUCGGCUGGAAAAGAGAGCAGCUGAGGGUAAGCAUUUCAUGCCUGCAAAGCUCUUGCAGACCCAACUGGAUUUGCUUCAGAUUGAUGAAGCAGAAGGGGUAUUUAAGGUUGAUGCUACAUUGGAUCCCGACAACAUAGUGAAAACUGUACAAACAUUUGUCAUUUGAUAGACUCAAUUAAAGAUGAAUUAUUUUAAAGAAAAUUUGUGGUAAA